UCGAGAGGAAUAAUCAUGGGCUCUUAUUUCUCACAAGAGGAAUUUGACAGUGUUGCUCGUAUGAUUUAUAAAAACGUUUUACAGAAUGGACCAUGCCUCCUGCCAGAUGUUGGAAUAGAUGACUCUCUGCUGAGAUAUUCUGGUACCGACUCCAACGCGGCGCUGCAGGCGUUCUCUACUGAGAUGCUCAACACGGUGCCAGGUUACGCCCGCAGCCUGGGAUCUGUUUUGGCUCCGAUGACUUCAGUCCCGAAUGCUGUUGGACUUGGAGCUUUGGUGAUUUCCUUAAUCAUAGAGCUCGUCAUAAAGGGCGGCUCUCAGCCAGGUGAUAACACAUACAGCAUGUUACGCCGUGUGUUUGGGGAAGAGAAAGCUUCAAGUGUCAGAUCCACAAUGUCCGAGUAUCUGAAACGCCAUCGCAUGUUCAUGAACAAUGACCAACGAUUACGUGAGGAAAUGAGGAGACUGGAACAGCAGCUGAGCAACCACCUCACCAUCCUCAGAUACUCCCUGCGGUAUGACGGACAGAUGAGCAGCCGCGGGUUCAAGUUCUGGGUCAACGGAGCCGCCUUCCACGUCCAGAUGUUGAUCCACGAGGCUCGGCUGGAUGUUAAGACUGGUACACCUGCAUCAGACUACGUAAAAACUAUCGAAGCUGCCAUCGAUUUGUACACGCAGGACCUGGAUCGUCUGCUGGAGAAACACAAGACCUUCAAGAUCAAUUCUAAUGUGUGUACAUAUGUCCACAUCUACGGCCCUCACAACCCAGGAAACUAUUAUAUGACAAACAAUGAAAUUAAAGACUGUAGUGUGUUUGUUGAUUAUAAUCGUCUUAACCCAUGUAAUGGACCAGAGGGUCUGACAAGUUUUAUGAAUAUUGUUUACUCUAAUUAUGAACCGAUUAAAGGCUUAAAGAGUUAUUUUUUAAAUACCAAGAACAACCUCAACUCUCUAAUCAAUCAAGGUGGAUCAUUCACUGUGCCGUCAGCAGCAGGUUAGUUCAGAUAUUUCGGAUUAAUGAUUGAUUUAACCCUUGGAUGGUAUUCAGGUCAAAUUGACCCAUUUCAAAUCUUUACAAGAAGAAAAAUGGUACAAGUUAAAUUUUUUCUACAUGAAAAUUAGCGUCUUUUCCUUAUUUUCUGUGAUAAACAGGUAUUUCCGAUUCAAUGUAGAGAAUUAUUCUGGAUAUACAGUAACACUUAUGUUUUUUCCACAGUGGACUUUUAACAUGAAUUAUAACUUAUGACAAAAAACAAACCCCACUUCCAUUUUUAAUAGUGUGCUAGUAGAGACUGAUGCAUUCCCUGAACAUAU